GAAAGCUAAAACGUACGUCUUACUUUGGCAAAAGUUCAAGUAAUGACUUAAACCUAUAAGUGAAAUCUUCUUGACUUUCAGGCAUCCACAAAAAGGUUGUUCUUUUUCGAAUCGGCCCACUAACAGCUGGUUAUACUGCGUGUAAGGAGUUCCGAUUAAGAGUGACAUUGUGCAAAAAAGAAUUUUAGAUUUUACAAUAACUUCUUCUUUGCUGCUGCGAACUUUCCGUUGCACUCCGUAGCUAACGUGUACAAAACCUUGCUAGUAAAAAAAGAUAGCGCACCUUAUCCUAAAAAUUACGCCGUGCGUAAAGUAAUAAGUACGCAGCUUCUUUCACGUGAUCAAUCAAGCGACCAAAAGAAAAGAGACACUGAGUUUUACAUUCAUUUGAAGCCGAAGAGAAAUCGAGAUGCCCUGUCUUUGAAAUCUUUUUUUAUUAUUGAGAAUUGUAUGGUUUUACCAACAGCUGUUCCCCUGCAGAAAGAGUUGUGUACAGUAUACCCAUAUAAUUUGGCUACACAACGAUUUUUGGAUGGCUACAACAACCUCGUGCGAAUUUUUUACAGGGCGAAAAAGGACGUUUAACUCGCCAUUCACUUCAUCCCCAUUACCGCUAUCAUGGUAGGAAGUGUUUCUCGGCUUACGACGGCCGUUCAUUCUUUGGGAAUAAGAGCCAUCACAAGUGGAAGUAACAUUGGACGAGGUACUGUUGGCAAUUUUGGCGUUGGAUCCGUCAGCGUGGGAGUUAAAUUGCUCGGACAACUAAUGGGUUGGGGGGAGAAUUCAUCGGAUUUGCAGUCCAACUGCCAGGCGAACUGUUCUCAUGGAGAGUGUUAUAAUGGGACCUGUUUUUGUGAAAUUCAAUUUGAAGGUGUUCAGUGUGCUGAACCAAGUGUCGGCUAUCAUGUUGGUUUCGCCAGUGUUUUUCUUCUAGUGGCAGCGACAUCACUGAUUCAACUGUUUAUUUGUAUUCAUGCUGAAUACGCUCGACUGAAGACGCCCUCCUUUCUCAAAGCAUGUCGGAUCACGAACCAAAAGUUUCUAUACAUUCUGGUCUUCUUAGCUGCUCUCUUACGUGGACUCUACUUUGCAUAUCCUGCGACAACGGAUGAAUGGUCAUCAAGUCUACUGAGUGCUUACUAUCCGGUUUUGUUGACUGGAGCCUCCUUAAUUGUCUGUUUCUGGGCAGAGGUAUUCCAUUUGCGUGACGUUGAGGAGAGGCCGCCCUUCUUAUCAAAAUCCUUUUUGGGUUUUCUAGCCUUCAACGUCAUUACAUACAGCUUAUUGAUCGCGGAACUUGUCAUCACCAACACACAAAUCCAUUCAGAAGAAGACAAGAGAUUCUUUACGAACGUAUUCAACGGAUGCUAUGCCAUUUUGAUGUUCAUCGUGGUUAUUUUCUUUCUGAUUUAUGGCGUUGAAGUCUACUUCAAGGUUCGUGGUGGCUUUUUGCAUGAAGGAGAAUCCAGCAUUCCGUUGGGGAUUAUGUCGUUCAAAACCAUUACGUCGUCGUCUUCACCUGCGUGUCUGUCCUCGUUUGUUAUCGCUUCUUCUCCGGAUCAUGCUGGCCACGUUACUGAUAAAGAUGCCGAGGAGAAAGAAGUCACUGUGCAUCUGAUGAAAGAAGAGGUUAUCCAUGGACGGACUCCUGUUCCCUUCCGGCAGUCAAUCGAUACAGCCCAGUUGCACCAGUCUCGACUAGGUCUUGUAUCUCAAGCCAUGAUGCUUCUCAUCACGGUAUGUUUCCUGCUUUCGGAAAUUCUCGGUGAAUUCUGGAAGAAGAAGGUGCCACUAGAAAGUCGCAAUAUUUUUGACGUCGUUUUCCGCUUAGUUGAACUCGGAGUGGCUUUAUGGUUUCCUUGCGUUCUCUGGAAUUGCAUGAGGCCGGAUCAGUUAUGGAUUCUGAAUCCCAAGAAAAUCUUAAAGAAGUUUGAUAUUGCUACCUCCUUAGAGCUAACAACACGUAAUGCGGAAGACGCUCCUCCCAAGACUCAAGACACGAACGGAGAUAGAAAAGCGGAAUGCUGGAUUUGCUACGAUACGGAUACAACUGAUGCUGGGUUAAUGAUCUUCCCGUGCUCUUGCAAAGGAGACGUUGGGGCUGUCCACCACGAGUGUCUAAAGCGCUGGCUGAUUGAGAGCGCCAACAACCCUUCGGCUUUGAUUUGCAAAGUUUGCCAAACACCGUACCAGGUAGAGACAAAAGCUCGUUCUUGGAGCCAAAUCAAUGUUGCCAUCACACCUUGGCAUUGGGCACAGACGGCCGGUCUUGUACUACUUAUGUGCGGCUCUGUAGGAGGAGCUUGCGCUAUUAUUAAGAUCUAUGAAGACUCGGGCAUUCGGCUUCUUGCUGUUAGUGUUGCUCUUCUCAUUGUGUAUAUCUGCUGCAGAUUUCUAGGGUUGAAUACCAUAAUGGCGUACCAGCGCGCAAAAGUAUCAGCUUUCAAAAUUGUGAGUACACGGACCGGGCCACCGGCCAGCGAAAUGGAAGAGUUUGCGACAGUUCAGGAUCUCUCGGUCGACGGAAGGACUCAAGUUGAUGUAUUCGCUACAAGUCGCUCAGCGCAGCCAACUUUGGAAAUGUGAGCAUUUAGAAACGAUCUCGAGAGUCGUUCCUCGUCCCAGUGAAAUAUUUGAUUUCGGGUGAGAGAGAGUCUUUACACGUACCUAGUCGCUGCGAUACGUUUGGCAUAUACGUUACGUUCCUUCUCUCGCUAACCGACCGUAAAUCAGUGCGAUAUCCUUUUGGAAGUAAGAGAUUGCUUUACCUUUUUCUCUGCCUCUUUUUAUUUGCAAUUCAUAUUCAAAUAUGUAAUACUGUACCCUAUAGUAUUGGAAACGAUUUUUCUUUUGUCAAUAGUCUGUUAUUAUAUAUUAAUGUGUACAUAAAAAUUAAGAAAUGUCUAUAGUCUGAUCGGUCGGAGAACGGUAUAGAAAUGGACGAUUGUUGUAUCACAUGUGACGUUUAAGGAGCGUUUUUCUGUUGACAGGAUAUUCAUUGCAAGAAUCCAGUGCCGGUAGUAUUAAUUGCUGUUACCGAUUGACAACGGAGAAGUUCAAUCAAUUAUACUUUUAUGUCUGUAUUCAUAAAUACGUUGUAUUAUCCGUAAUAUUCUUUGGGUAGAACGUUAGAUUUAUAUAUCACGAUUUUCUUGGAAUAAUAUGGCGUAAUCGGCGCGAACAGUUGUCAUCGGUUGAAUACGUUAAUCAAUACAGAAUACUGUAGCCAAA